AUGCAUUCCCAUCUCCAUACCCCCUACAACGUCAGCAACGUAGACUGCGAAGAGAUUAUGACAGCCCUCGACGAAUGCCACGCCAAGGGGUUCCUGUGGAAAGCUGUUGGAAACUGCAACGAUAUCAAGCGCGAAGUCAAUAAGUGUCUUUCCGCCGAGCGCUACGAUCGGGCGAAGCAGAACCGAGAAGAAGCACGCUCCAAUCGGCGGCGCAUCGAAGACAUUUGGGCAAAGGAGCGAGCGUUAGAUCAAGCUCCAAGUGCUGGCUCUGAGAAUAACGGGGCUUCCAAGCAAUAG